AUGAAUGAGAUGUUUCCGUUGAGCGGACGAUUAUGUGGACGUCUAGCAGAGAUUGUUCCUGAACGAUUGUAUUUUUGUGCAUUCUACGAUCCACCAAAAUCAGACACCAGCACGGAAUACUUCUAUAUCGAUGAGGAUGAAGUGCAUUACGAUUCCUUUUAUACGGAUUUUGGACCGUUAAAUUUGUCUGUUUUGUAUAGAUUUUGUACGAAACUCAAUCAAAAACUGAAGCAACUCGCUGGAACGAAAAGAGUUGUGGUCUGUUCAGGAUGUAUGGACGAAGAUCGUGUCAACACGGCAUAUCUUGUUGGAGCAUUUUGUGCAGUGAAAUUCAAAUGGUUAACAUUUGAAAAUUUCGAUGCGGACGAAUACGAGUUCUAUGAACGUGUUGAAAAUGGUGACUUCAACUGGAUUAUACCCAAUAAGAUUCUCAGCUUUUGUGGUCCACACAAUAAAUCAGUUGUCGAAAAUGGCUAUCCAUAUCACGCGCCCGAAGUAUAUUUUGAGUAUUUCCGACUGCACAACAUAAGCACAAUAAUACGUUUGAAUAAGCGAAUGUACGAUGCGAAAAGAUUUCUCGAUGCUGGAUUCGAUCACGUUGAUUUGUUUUUUGUUGACGGUUCAACGCCGUCAGACUCGAUCGUUGAACGAUUCAUCAAUGUGGUGGAUUCAGCGAAAGGCGCUGUUGCUGUGCACUGUAAGGUGAGUUGGUGA